AUGUCAACAAAAGAUAUAUGCGUUGAUGAAAGUAGUAUACCUACUUGUCGUGUUGAUUCAUUUUAUAAUAAGGAUGGUUUAUCAAUAAGAAAUUAUUCGUGGACAGUUAAGAAAGCUAUUGGCUUAAUAAUAUUAAUUCAUGGUUUAACAACACAUAUGAGGCUUGCGUUUUUAAGGCAUAAUGUAAAUAUAGUAAGUAAUAAUCACGCUGAAUUAGUAGAUGCAGAUAAUUAUUAUCUAUAUGAAGGAAGUUGGAUAGAACAAUUUAAUAAAAAUGGUUAUUCUGUAUAUGGAAUUGAUUUACAGGGUCAUGGUGAAUCUGAUGGAUAUGAUAAUUUAAGACUUCAUGUUAAUAAUUUUGAUGAUUAUGCAGGUGAUGUAAUUGAAUAUAUUAGAAAAGUUAAUGCUUCAAUUACUUCUGAACAAAGUAUAUUAGAUGAGGAUACAUUGGAUCAUGAUAAAAGUAAGAAUAGAAAAAAACUUCCAAUAUAUAUAUUAGGUUCAUCAAUGGGUGGAAAUGUUGUUUUAAGAGCAUUAGAAAUAUUAGGAGAAUCAAAUGAAGAUUUAUCUAAAUUAAAUAUUAAAGGAUGUAUAUCAUUAUCUGGAAUGGUUUCAAUUACAAAAAUUGGGUCUAUUAAAUCAUUAAAAUAUCGAUUGUAUUAUUUACCUGGUAUAAACUUAUUAUCAUCUAUAUGUUCCACUUGUAGAACAAGUCAAGGAAAGGUUAAAUUUGAAAAAUAUCCUUUUAUUGAAGAUAUCCUUUCAUAUGAUAAAUAUCGAUACAAAGGUGAUAUGACAAACAAACUUGCUUAUGGAAUUGUAAAAUGUAUAGAUACUUUACACAAAAACAUAAAGUCAUAUCCUUCAAAUAUUCCUGUUUUAUUUAUUCAUUCAAAAAACGAUACAAUUUGUGAUUAUGGAGAUGUUGAAUCUUUUUAUAAAGGACUGAAUAAUGUUAAUAAAGAACUCUACGCAUUAGAAGAUAUGGAUCAUGAUCUUAUAGCAGAACCAGGAAAUGAAAAUGUUUUAAAAAAAAUUAUUCAAUGGAUGAAUAAUAAAAAUAAAAAUUGA